CCGGUGUAUACGCCUCCACUUCCGCUCGGGGAGUUGUUAUUACUACAUUGAUAAAGGGGAAAAAACACAUUUUAGGUUCAGGCUUUGACGCUUUUUGUGGUGUCAUCUGGUGAAUAACAUACUGUCAGUGUAAACGGGCCGGUUUGAAACCUACAGUUUAUUAGAAUAAUUCCAUUCAGGCACGUGCUUGUUGAGGCUGGCUAAUAAUUAACUGCCUGUGACAUGGAAAACUACGCAGAGACCAUCAAGGAAUUCGUAGAGAACCAUGCAGCCGGUCUCACUGUUGUCCUUGUUGCAGGUGCAGGCGUGCUGGCCUUGCGUAGAUGGCUGGCUGGGGGGGUGUGCCGGAGCAAGGCCAGGCUGGAAGGGAAAACAGUGGUGAUCACAGGAGCCAACACUGGCAUUGGGAAAGAGACGGCCCUGGAUAUGGCCAAGAGAGGGGCCAGAGUCAUCCUCGCCUGCAGGGACAUGACCAGAGCCCGCAUUGCUGCAGAUGAGAUUCGGCAGAUGAGUGGGAACGGCAACGUGGUGGUCAAGAAACUGGACCUCGCCUCGUUGCAGUCUGUUAGAGACUUUGCCAAAGACAUACAGGAGAAUGAGGAACGCUUGGACAUCCUCAUCAACAAUGCAGGUGUCAUGAUGUGUCCUAAGUGGAAGACCGAGGACGGCUUUGAAAUGCAGUUUGGUGUCAACCACCUGGGACACUUUCUGCUCACCAACUGUCUCCUUGAAAAGCUGAAGAAGUCAGCUCCAAGUCGCAUUGUCAUCGUCUCCAGCCUGGCACAUGAGAAAGGUCAAAUACACUUUGAUGACAUCAACCUUGAUAAAGACUACGACCGUAUAAAGAGUUACCGCCAGAGCAAGCUGGCCAAUGUGCUCUUCUGCAGAGAGCUGGCUACAAGACUGCAAGGCACUGGUGUGACAACAUACUGCCUUCACCCUGGGGUCAUCCGCACGGAGUUAGGCCGCCACUUGUUCCCUACUUUGGCCCUUUGGAAAAGGAUCCUAGCCAUGCCAUUCAUGAUGCUGAUUAAAAGUCCCUGGGAAGGAGCCCAAACCACCAUCUACUGCGCCGUGGACGAGAGCCUGGAAAACGUCAGCGGCCUCUACUACAGUGACUGUUCCCCCAAAAAGGUGGCACCGCAGGCCCUGGAUGACGCCGCAGCCAAGAGGCUGUGGGACCUCAGUGCCUCCAUGGUCGGUCUGGCUUAAACACAUCAGCCAGCCCUGAUUUACCAUCCAUUCUUCCUGCACAAAGGAAGAAGUUCAUGAAAUUAUCUACUAUGUCUAAGGGUAUUGCAAUAAUCAAGAUUUUUUGACAAAUUCAAAAUGUUGCACUAUUUCAUCUAGUCAGUUGAUUUAGUAUUAAAAGUAAGUGUAUUGCUUUAUCUUUAUAUUGCUGUAUGUAUAUUCUGAAUACUUUACAAUUUGUGGUUUAUUGUGUAUCUAUAGUGUGCUCCUAUUUCCUUAGUAAAACAAGCUUAUACGUGCCUUUUUCAUCCACCAUCUGAUUGCUUGACUUUUAAUGAGUAAUAUCUGCUAUACAUUUAACUUCAAAUAUGUUUUGAUUUGGAAUGCUAUAAUGCUUAUGGGCUAAACAAGCUCUUUUUUUCAUCAUAUGAUUGUUGCUGCAAAUUCCAAGAGAUGUUUAAGGAGUCAAACUACUGCUUUUAUUCAUGACAUUUAACAAUAACCAACGUACAUACCUCACUGGAGAAACACAGUCAUAAUAACACGUAAAGCAAUACUACAGUUUCCUGAGAAAGAGGAUGCAAUUUGUGUACAGGUGGAAGAGAUAAACUUUGCUGAAGUCGUCCUGAUGUGUUGCGUUAAGGCUGAGAAAUGACCUUAGGUGCUGGCAGCGGUGAGAAGAUUGUUGCACUUCAGAGGAGAGAGAGGAUCCUCCACCAGGUGUAGAGAGGGAGUGGACGCCUCGGGGCAGAGAGCACUUAGGGAGCACCCAGCAGACUUGUCAUGCUACUGUGUGCCCCUUCCAUGUGUGUUUGUGUGUGUGUGUGUUUUUUAAUACACAGUGGAUGUUGUUUGUUGUAUCAUGAUGACAGAAAUUGUGUGCCAGCUUUAAUAAAGCGUAUAACAAGGAGGCAACAGCAAUACAGUGCUUUUGGCAAUAAAAACAUUGAGAGUGA